AUGCUAGGUAGCCAACCCAGCGCUCCUCCCUCAUCGUCGGAGAAGAGCUGCAAGCGCACAGGACCGGAACUCAAUGCGCGUCUGUCGAAAACGCGACUUUGCCGUUUUGUUACAUCAGGCCGCAUGUGCCCGUUUGGGUCUUCGUGCACGUAUGCUCACUCCGAUGCUGAGCUGGUGCCCUCGCCAAAUCUAGCGAAAACGAAAGUGUGCUGGAGCAACAUGUACGGAAGGUGUGCGAGAGGUUCAGAGUGCCCAUAUGCCCACAACGAAGAGGAGCUUCGUCGCUUACCGCGGCUGGCCAUUCCAUUGAAGUCUGGCGCGCCGUUACCUCCCAGUUCACCGUACGUCGUUUACUACUCAGAGGACAAUCCCACAGUCCGUCCAGCGCUUCUUCACGAACAGCGCACUGCACGUGGACCGGCGCCUGCAGCCCGCUCUCCAGAAAUUAUGUGGCCGAAAGGCUCCGCUGGCGCCAACGUGGAAUAUGUCUCUUGGACUUCUGACGACGACACGAUCAGCGGUUCAGCAUCGACACGCUCUUCACAUCAAAGGCAAAAUUCAGCCGGCAGCCGCCAGGACAACUCAGAGAUUGAUUCAGCUACACAGUCGACUGGGCAUGGCUUCGGCGGCGCAGCGUUGUGUUCAUCUGUAUCUUCCGCGCCUCUCGGAUGUAGCGCGGUGGGCGACGUGCCAGAGGCCUCUCAGGCAGGAGGUCUGGAUGAGGCAGCAGGGCAGCAGACGCACCCCUGGGGUGCCUUCUCCGCACCUUACAUCCCUGCCGGCCGGCUUCCCUUGUCACACGAGGGUCAGCGUCCGGUGCAGUCCAAACAGAUGCCUCUUCUGUCCCAUACACGCGAAUAUGGCGUGGCGACGUCGGGUUCCGGUCUUCAACAUAGUCCUCAAGCUGACGGUUUGCUGGACGACCAGCGAGCUGUACAUUAUUCCAUUCAUGACUGGUUGUUAGACGAAAGUGGGAUUCACCCUGACGGAACAAGACUUGUGUCGUGCGCACCGUCAGCAGGGGGACACGGGAUGGCUCUGCGAGAGCCGCUGGAUGCCUAUCCUUUCGUACCGACAGUCCAACGUGAGAAAGGCGCGAGUUUGCUGGGACGACAGCCCUGGCCGCUGAAGACACCUGGGUCAGCCGAUCAGAAAGCGGCAGUGACGGCAGAUUUCGAAUCAACUCGGCAAGUGAGCAAUCCGAUCGUUCGGUGGACCGACUCCUUACCCGAUCUACGCGGAGACUGGCUAGACCGUAUCAAACUCCAUGACUGCGUGUCGAUCCGGUAG